CUCCAUGGACGGAGCUCCAGGCCUCCCCGCCACCGCCACCGCCACCGCUGCCCACGACGCCGCUCCAUGAUCGGCCGCCGCGCGGCGGCGGUAGAAGCACUACGCGCCUCCCUGCGCCGCGCCUGCUCCUCGUCCUCCCACGCCGCCGCCGGCUCCUCCUCCUCCGACGACCACCACCUGCUCGGCCUCGUCGAGCCACCCGCCCCGCCGCAGCCACCCCAGCCCCGCCUCGGCCCCGGAGACUUCGCGUUUCUCCAGGAGCCCGCCCCUGCCAUCCCCGUCGCCGCCCUCCCGCCCCCGGAGGCCGUGCUGAUCUCCAAGGCGAUCCGAGCCUUCGGCGCCGACUUCGACGGCAGGGCGGAGCGGGUGCUCCGGCGGUACCGCGAGUUCCUGACGGACUCCGUCGUGGUGGCGGUUCUCGGGGCGGUGCGCGCCCCGGAGCUCUGCGCGAGGUUCUUCCUCUGGGCCGAGCGGCAGGUCGGGUACAGCCACACCGGCGCCUGCUACGACGCUCUGGCCAGUGUACUGGGCUUUGACGGCCGCGCCAGGGCCGCCGAGAGGCUGCUGAGGGAGAUUGGGGAAGAGGACCGCGAGGUGCUCGGCAGAUUGCUCAAUGUGCUAGUGCGGCAAUGCUGCCGCCGAGGGAUGUGGGGCGAGGCUCUGGAGGAGCUUGGGAGGCUGAAGGACUUUGGGUACAGGCCAUCAAAAGUGACAUACAAUGCUCUGAUCCAGGUGCUUUCGAGCGUGGGACAGGUUGACCUGGGGUUCCGGGUUCAGAAGGAGAUGUCUGAAUCAGGGUUCUUCAUGGACCGGUUCACCGUAGGGUGCUUUGCGCAUGCACUUUGCAAAGAGGGGCGGUGGAUGGAUGCACUAGACAUGAUAGAGAAGGAGGAUUUCAAGCUUGACACAGUGUUAUGCACGCAUAUGAUCAGCGGGCUGAUGGAGGCAUCAUAUUUUGACGAGGCCAUGUCAUUCCUCCAUAGGAUGCGAUGCAACUCAUGUAUUCCAAAUGUGGUCACGUAUAGGACGUUGCUCUCAGGAUUUUUGAAAAAGAAGGAGCUUGGCUGGUGCAAGAGGAUCAUUAACAUGAUGAUGACCGAGGGCUGCAAUCCAAAUCCAUCCUUGUUUACUUCCCUUGUGCAUUGGUAUUGCAAUGCUAAGGAUUAUGCAUAUGCAUAUAAACUUUUGAAGAGGAUGACUACCUGUGGUUGCCCUCCUGGUUAUGUUGUAUACAAUAUUUUUAUUGGAAGUAUUUGUGGUCAGGAGAAAUUACCGAAACCUGAUUUGCUGGAUUUAGCUGAGAAAAUUUAUGGAGAGAUGCUGGCUGCUAAUUGUAUUCUUAAUAAGGUUAAUGUUGCCAAUUUUGCUCGAUGCCUUUGUGGUGUCAGGAAGUUUGACAAGGCAUUUCAGCUUAUAAAGGAGAUGAUGAGGAAAGGUUUUGUCCCUGAUACAAGUACAUACUCUAAGGUGAUCACUUUUCUCUGCCAUGCUACUAAGGUAGAGAAAGCUUUCCUUCUGUUCCAAGAGAUGAAGAUGGUUGGUGUAACUCCUGAUGUGUAUACAUACACAAUUUUGAUCGACAGCUUUUGUAAAGCUGGACUCAUUGAACAAGCCCAGUGUUGGUUUGAGGAGAUGAGGAGUGUGGGUUGCUCCCCAACCGUGGUGACAUAUACUGCACUUAUUCAUGCUUACCUAAAAGCUAAGCAGGUACCUCAGGCUAAUGAUAUAUUUCACCGAAUGGUUGAUGCUGGUUGUCGUCCAAAUGAUGUUACUUAUGGUGCAUUGGUAGAUGGCUUCUGCAAAGCAGGCAACAUCAGAAAGGCUUUUGAUGUUUAUGCCAAAUUAAUUGGAACUUCUGAUAGCGCAGAAUCUGAUUUUUACUUUCCAUGUGAGAACAGAGACUCAAUUACUCCAAAUGUUGUCACCUAUGGUGCACUAGUAGAUGGCUUGUGCAAAGCUCACAAAGUGACCCAUGCUCAUGAAUUAUUAGAUGCUAUGUUAUCUUCUGGUUGCGAGCCCAAUCACAUUGUGUAUGAUGCUCUUAUUGAUGGCUUUUGCAAAGCUGGAAAAAUUGACAGCGCUCAGGAGGUAUUUCUGCAGAUGACAAAGUGUGGGUACCUUCCUAGUGUACAUACAUACACCUCUUUGAUUGACAGGAUGUUCAAGGAUGGAAGACUUGAUCUUGCGAUGAAAGUUCUCUCCCAGAUGUUAAAGGAUUCUUGUUCUCCUAAUGUUGUUACUUACACAGCUAUGAUCGAUGGUCUUUGUAGAAUAGGUGAAAAUGACAAAGCCCUAAAGCUUCUGUCAUUGAUGGAAGAGAAAGGAUGCAGUCCAAAUGUUGUAACUUACACUGCUCUUAUAGAUGGAUUGGGGAAAGCUGGUAAGAUUGAUCUGAGUCUUGACCUUUUUACACAAAUGAGCAGAAAAGGGUGUUCUCCCAAUUAUGUUACGUACAGAGUUCUGAUAAACCACUUGUGUGCUGCUGGUCUUUUGGAUAAGGCUCGUUUACUGCUUGGUGAAAUGAAGCAGACUUACUGGCCAAAGUACCUACAAGGAUACCGAUGUGCAAUUCAAGGUUUCAGCAAGAGCUUUAUCGCUUCUCUUGGUAUUUUGGAGGAGAUGGGAUCAUAUGCCACAGUGCCGAUUGCUCCUGUUUAUGGGAUGCUGGUUGAUUGUUUCUCCAAGGCUGGCAGACUGGAGAUAGCUAUGGAGUUGCACAAAGAGAUGAUGGAAGUUCCGUCACCCGUAAAAAUUGAUAAUGCCAUGUAUGCCUCAUUGAUCCAGGCACUCUGUUUAGCAUCUCAAGUUGAAGAAGCAUUUCGAUUGUAUAGUGAAAUGACAAAGCGAGGCCUUGUACCUGAGUUAAGUGUCUUUGUUUGCCUCAUAAAGGGAUUAAUUGAAGUAAAAAAGUGGAACGAAGCCCUCCAGUUGUGCUAUGCCAUAUGUCAUGAGGGUGUGAAUUGGCAGGGCAACAAAUCGUUUCAUGGAGGCUAGAGCUGUGUUGUCUUGCUGCAUCAUAAAUCAUACAAAUUAAUGAUAACAUUUGCACCUAAGGAGUCAUGCUCAUGCAUCUCAAGACUGCUGUAAGAUGUGACCCAGAUAACUGAAGUGCAAUUCAUGACAACUUGAGAAAAAGAGCUGAGUCCAUGGAAUAACAUUGGACCAAAGAAGACCUGUACGAAAAUCUGUAUGAUGGAACAGCCAAUUAUCUUCGGAUGGGCAAAGCCACAAAGAAAUGUCUCUAUGGUUAUCAAGACCAAUCUUUGUAUAUAAGACAACAAUGGUUAUACAAAAGGCAUACUGUGUGAAGAUAAUUUUUGAAGCUUCAUAAUCCUUUAUUCAUCAAAUUAAUGAUAUAGCCUUCUACUUCCUUCAAUUUCUUCUCCAAUGAUAGAGUAAUGAAGAUAUACUAUCAGCCUUAUGUUCCUUUCAUUUUUAAUGAUUAUUCAAAUGAUAUUUGAACUGAUAAUAUCCAUUGAAAUUAUAUUGUAGUGAUCCAUUUGUCCUUAUUGAUAUCAGCAUGUUUCAGACUUCGGUCCUGUUCAGUUGUGCUAAGAACUUGAUUGUUCAUCAGCUGUCUUUCCAUGCCACGCUAUGCUGGUAGCUUGCGUAUUUGAUCCAGCAGGCUUCACAGUAGGGAGCAUUGUCAUAAGGUCUCCAGACUAUAUACCAUUCUUAACAUUAGUUUGUGGCCUCCUACUGAUUUUCGGAAAUCAAGCACCACAUUUUUUACUGCAACCUGUUUCUAAAGUAUAAUUAGUUUUGGCAUACAACCAUAUUCUUUCCAUCUCUAAGAUCUACCUGCAGCUGCAGUGUCUGCAAGACUAGCAUAUACAACAGUUUGCUGUAUUGGACGGUUACCUUGUUAUUAGAAAGCUCUGCAUGGCCGUUAUUGGAUAUUGGAUCAAUCAAGUAUUGUGGUUCAUGUUUCCUUUCAUGCGAUUGUGCAUUUAUUAUCUCGUACGGGACAAAACAUGAGAAUGUGAAGGUUUUCUGAAAACCUUGCAUCUGUGCAGAAUUCUGAUCUUUUUUGCUUUGAAUUUGCAGUUGAGACGGUGGAACUAAAGCAUAUGUGACUCACCGUUGCAAGGAAUAGUCAGGACGCGUCCUUUUUGGUAAACUUGGAAAUCAUUAGAGUUGAAGAAAAUUUUCUGAAUAUAUUUACUGCUAAAUGUACAUUACUGUUAAAUAAUUGCUGUAUUUUUUUUUACCUGGAUUGUUGUAUAAUUUCCAAUGAACAUAUCUUUGUAGAUCCGAAAGAGAGUGAAUUCAUACCAUUGAAUGAAAAUGACAAGUUAGAAAAAAAAAACUC